UGUUGCUCUACUAAGGCACACACAUAUAAUUAUCAAAAGCCGGUGGUGUAAAUAAAUUUGUUUUUGUCGGCUUAAAUUAUUACAAAACAAUGGAAAUGGCGGCACAAUCCUCAACAACACCAGCAACAAGUGUUCAGAUAAAUGACACUGCUCUUCGGCUCAGAAUACGGGAGUAUGCUCGCCAACAGCGAAAAGAAUUGCGAACAAAUACUACAGAUGCACUUCGCUUUGGCUUGGGGCAGAUCAAGGAUAAAAUUAGCGAAUUGGAGAAUCUUGGAAUUAAGGAUGUUCAAGGAAUGGCGAGUCGCAUAAAGCGUCGUAAGCAUGCCACAGGCGAGGAUAUGUACCGGCUAAGCCAUGCAUUUUUGCAGGGUAACGAAAAUAUUAACGCCUUUGCUGAAGUUCAGGGAGCAACUCAAGUUAUAAUUAAGGAAUUUACAGGUACGCAGAUGCAACGGCAAAUUGAAGCAGCCGAAUGCCUGUGCAACUAUUCGUUAGGCGACGCACAUGUCUGCGAGAAAAUAACAACAAUGGCUGGCAGCUACCUAGUGACGUUCUUGGACAAUCAGGAGCCGCGACUGAAGCGCAGUUGCCUUUGGACGCUGGCCAACAUUUUGGCCACGUGCAGCAAGUCGGCCAGCAUGUUGCUGCAAAUGCAAUUGGCCAGCAAAUUGUGGAAAUUGUAUACACUGCCUGCAAGCGAUAUCCAUGGCUAUCAGGAAGAUGCUGGCAUUUGCUUGCAUUUGAUAGCCACUCGAGCAGCUGCUUCUAUUAGAGAAGAGGAUCGGCGUUACAUUGCCGAGAACCUACACAAAAAACAGCCAGGCGAAACUGGGGCCGAUUAUUAUAUGUAUAUUGUAUUCCAGUUGGAGCUAGUUAACCGAGAGCGCGAUUUGUGCGCAGCUCAUUUUCAACAUUUGCUCAAUUUUUUCAUGGAAAAUGUAAAUUUUGAUCCGAACACAGCUGCCGGCAAGCUGCGAAUCGUUUACGGCGUUCGAGUGAUCGCCAACAUCUUUGCCACACGUCCAGACAAUAGUCAAUUAGAAUUGCAGUCGGACCAACUGGUUAACGCAUUGAAUAAAUUGUUUGCCUUGCAGGAGCCAAAUCUUACCCUGGAUUUGAUGCAGCUUCUAAAAAAUCUAAUCGAAGCUCAAUUAUUAGACAAUGAACUUUUAAUGGAACACAUUCGAGUUUAUGCCUAACUAAUUAGCUUUUAAAUAUGAUUAAAUUUUGAACCUAAGUUCGCAUGAAUUAAUGUUAAUGUAUGUAUUAUAUAUUAUAUACGAGUUUAAUGAAUUUUAAAUAUAAUGAAGCUUUGAACUUAAAUAUACAGAACGAAAAAUGUUUCGGUUGUUUAAUGAA